UCCCCCUCUCUGCUUUUACACUUUCUCCCCUAUCUGCUUUCACAAUUGCUUCCCUCUCAUGCUUUCUCACGUCGUCCCCCCUACGGCUUUCUUGCUUCCUCUCCUCGUUCCUCCCCCAUGUGCACGCCUCUCUGUGCCCGCCAUGCCAUGCCGUGCCAUGGGCAGGAGUUGGAUGCGCGCCUGCAGUCGGUGGGGCUACAAUACACGCUCGCCCUCGUGCCACGCAACGUCUCGUACGCCCACGCUCUCAGGUGUGUCGCACGCCCACGCUCUCAGGUGUGUCGCACGCCCACGCUCUCAGGUGUGUCGUACGCCCCCGCUCUCAGGUGUGUCGCACGCCCACGCUCUCAGGUGUGUGGCACGCCCACCCACACUUCACCCACCAUCUUUUGCAUUUCUUUUUCCCUUGCCCUUCCCACUCAAUCGCGUUCCCACCCCGUCCGCUCUGCUUGUCGCCCUCGUCCUCUCCCCCACUGUUGCUCCUGUACGUCUACCAAAGCUCGUCCCGUAAUCACCCCCUCCCCUUCUGCCGCCCCCAGGUACGCCCCUCUGUACCGCGCAGCACCGCAGGGGGGGGGGCGAGCGGGGGCGGGGAGGCAGGACGUGCGGUACAGUGCGGCGCAUGCGGAGGUGUGGGCGCGCGUGGUGGCAGCAGGGAUGCCGUUCGCUCUGGUGCUGGAGGAGGACGCGCUCAACCGCAACGAGGGCGUCGCCGCCUGGCAGGCGCGCUUCGAAAUGGUGACCUGCCGGCGGGGGGGUGGAGGGGCGCAACGGGACCACAAGAUUCGCUUCCUGCUGCCUUGCUCAACCCGCUGUCUGUGUUGCCCUUUCCCCUUGCACGCCCACAGGGCACGUGCCCAACCCUGCCUCCGUGCCCCUUCACCUGCACCUCUCCCCACUCCCCCGCUUCCCCUUUUUCUUUUCCCCCCUCCCCCCCAGCUGCUGUGGGAGCUGAAUCUGCUGAUGCUGCAGCGCGGCGACCGCUUCUUCUUUGACGUGCUGCUGCUGGCGCGCCACGGCCUAGCGCCCUACGCGGAGCAGCAGCUGGCGCCGGGCAUCGUGAGCGCGCAGCCCAGCGAGGCCAUGCACGCCUACCUGCUCUCCUACGCCGGCGCCAAGCGCCUCCUCGCCCUCUCCCGCUUCCACUCGUACUCCCCCCGCCCCCUGCUCCCGCCCCUGCGCUCACCCCACCCAUGCCACCCGAACGUGCUUAUUCCAGCAGCCAACGCGCAUGCAUGCAUGUGCCUCUUCAAUCCGCCAGUGGCGGAGAGCACGGGAGGCAUCCCCGGAAUGACCAUACUGGCAGCGGAGCCGCCUCUCUUGGCCACCACCAUCUUCGCCUGCUCGCCCAAGCCCUGCCGCACACCGCCCCCUGCGCUCUCCCUGCCCGCCUCCACUCGCCUCACCCCCGCCUGCCGCUCCACCAUCCUGCUCGCCCUGCCCGCCCACCCCUCCAUGCCCGGCGCUGCCCUGCACGCCCCCUGGCGCAUGCACGACCCUGCCCCCGCCGGCCCAAGCCCCUCCAUCCCCUCCUCCUCGCCCGCCUUCUGCCCACACCUCUCCCCCGCGCAGUGCCUUCUCGCACACCACCUGCAGCACCUGCUGCCCCAUGUGCGCGCCCCUCCCCCGCUCCCCCUCCCCCUCACGCUGCCCCCCUCGCUGCCCCUCUGGCCGGCCUACGUGCUGUCGCUGCGCCGCUCCCCCCAGCGCCUGCAGCGAGUGCUGCCGCUGCUGCAGAAGGAGGGCUUUGGAGACGUGGUGGUGGCGCUCGGCGUGGACGGGGGCAGGAUGCACGGCGCGGGGGGGGGGGCGCAGGGCAGGGGGGAGGAGGCGGACUUGGAGGCGGAGAGGAACCUGGACGUGUUUGGGGGGCUGGUGGGGGCGGGGGCGGUGUCGGUCACACGGCGCUCCAUCAAGUGGCACAAGCUGGCGGAGCGGCGGCGCGAGCGGCUCACGAGAGGGGAGGUGGCGUGCGCUCUCUCGCACUACCUCGUGUGGCUCGAGGUGCUGCGCAGGAAGCUUCCCUACGCCAUCAUACUGGAGGAUGACGUCACCUUCACUACAAGCACAUUCCGGGCCGGCUUUGAACGGAACAUUGCCGAGGCCAAUGAGCUGCUGACACGUCAGCACAGCCCGGAGUCACCACCAGACAUCCUGUUUGUGGGGCACAUGGGGGUGCUGGCAGGCCACUUCAUGCCACUACUAUCCCCCCACAUCGCAUGGGACCCCCUCUCCUGGUGCUCCUUUGCUUACAUCAUCUCCCACCGCGGUGCAGAGCGCCUGGUGGCGGGCUUUAAGGUGGACGACCCCCUCGACUCCCUGUGGUGGCGCCGCCCUAACCUCGCCUUCUGGGCCUUCCAGCCCCCCCUCGCCUUCCACCUCUCCUCUCCCCGCCUCAACUCCUCGCUUCCACUCUCUCCCCCAUCCCCUCCCGCACCUCCUCCUCCCUCUCAUCCACCUCAUCCUUCUUCAACGCACCGCACAGCACACAGCAGCAGCAGCAUCAUCAAAGACAAGGCGAGCAGCAGCGGGGCAGAGGUGGCAGGCAGCAGCAGGGCAGGGGAGGACAUGCCUCUGCCGGUGCCCUUGUACCCCAGCGAGGUGCAGCAGGGGGGUGGCCAGUGGAUGUGA